GCUGAAUGGAAAACUAACGAAAAGAAAUAGAUGCGGUAGCGGCUUUUUCAACGAACGGGUUUUUCUUUUUCUUAAAGCCUUUUUCAAUUCGUGCAGGCUGCGCAUAGUUUGCGAUAAAAGUGCAGUUUUUGUAAAUUAAUCGAUGUGCCGUCCAAAGUAAAUUGUGUAAGUCGCCUUUGUUGCCUGUGGUUUUAUUUGGAACUUAAGCCAUCGAUUUUUCGUGCUGUUUAAAACGCGUUGGUUGUGCUACACUCUGUGUAUAUGUGUGUGGGCUUCUGUGUAUGUGCGUGUGUGAGUGUGUGAGGACGAAGACAAAGGAUCUGCAGCGCGCCAAAGCAAGUCCUUGCCAGCUGUCCGUUUUUGGCCUGCAGCUGUCGGGAUCAGCGCACACGCAACAAGAACAAUGAGGGCUAACACAGUGUGAAAUGUGAAGUGAUAAUAAAUUCGCAAAAUUUCAGUCGUCCGCCCGUUCAAGAGAACUCUAUACAAAUUGCCAUCCACUUUGCUUAUUUUUCGCACACACACGGCGCGCACGAAUGCAAUAAUAGAAUUUAUCAGGCCCCCCCUGUCAGGUUGCUAAAUUUUAAACAAACACAGCAAGCGGGAGAGCGCCAAAGAGAGCUGGAGUUGGUUUGAGCGUGAGCGUGAGCGGAGACCCUCUGACAUUUUCAUCAGCGCCACUGCAGGAGUAAACAACAAGACAGCAGCAACGACAACAACAAGCGACACGACGACAGGCAGCAGCAGCAGCAACAUUGUCAGUGUUGCUGGCACAAAUUUUUAUUGCUGCGCCGCCGACGCCGCCGCUGCCACUGAGGCUGCCUCUCUGUGGUGAGUGAAGUGCCAUGUCCGGCACGUUGUUUGAAAUGGAACAGCAGCAAGUGUGCCCCGCCAGCUUGGAGCUGAGCGUAGAGCAGGAUGCAAUGAUCAGCAGUGGGUUGAACAAUUGCGACGGCAGCGACAGUGGCCUGGACUGCGUUUCACUGCAGCGCGGCUUGAGCAGCACCAGCGGCGGCUACACCAGCAGCAAUGGCGGCCUGGAGGAGAUCUACGACAGCUGCGAAUUGCAGCUGCUGGUUGCUGUUACGCCCAGUGAACAGGAGCAGAGCAGCGAAUGCUCAUCGCAGCCGGCGACGACGACGCCGCCCAGACGCAGCAAUGGCAGCGUCAAGAAGAAGGUGGCCAUGUUCGAACCCGCGCCUGCUACACCAAAUGGCAACAAGUCGCCGCGUGUGGCAAAUCUGAAGCGUGCCCAAAGCCUGCCCAGGAACGCAGCCACGCCAGUGGGCAAGGAGAAGCCACGCCUCACCAGCAACAAUUCCUUUCGCGUGCCCAGCGCUGUGACGCCCCAGCGCACGCCACGCCCACAAAAGCCAGAUACGCUGCCCAGUGCACUGAACCGCGCCCAAUCCGUGCAGCGUCUGACUCAGCUGCAGCGCACUCCAUCGCUGAGUCGCGCCCGCACUCCAGGCACACCCUCGGAUGACGGACGCUGGCCAGCGAAUCGCGGCAGCGCUGCUCGUCGUGGCAUGUCCGUCACCCCCGAGGUGCUCAACACGCGUCCACGCGGCAGUCCCGCGCCAUCUGGCACGUUGCCACGUCGUCGCAAGCAGCAGUCUGUGGAGGAUUUGAGUGCUGGGAGACUUUCGCGCAGCAAUUCCAUCAGUCGCGCCGCCAUUGUGGAUGCUCGGAUGACUGCAUCCGUCAUGGUUGCACCCAGCAGUCGACGCAGUCUGGCCACGCCCAGCUUUGCGCCCACAGCUAUAGCUAAAGUGAACUCGCUGCGACGUCCACAGCAACGCACGCGCAUUUAUCAUGAGACUGCAGUGCAGACCGCUUUGACUAGUGAGGAUUUGGAGCAGCUGCUGACGGGUGGACUGCUGCAGACGCGUGCCGUGGAUGCCGUGGAGCAGACAGAUCAAAGCACACAAGCGGAGCCGGAUCAGCGCGAACAGGAGCUGGAGCAACUGCGUCUGGAGGUGCGUCAGCUAAGCGCCAAGCUGCAGCGCGAGCGUGAGGAGAAGCUGGCCAUGCAGCAGGAACUACAUCUCAAUACAGAACGUGUCAUGGGCAUGCUGGAGCUGGCGCGUGUGGUUAGCGCCAGUGCGGGCACGCCCACCUCUGAGGACAGCAACGAUGGCAGCGGCCACGACAGUUUGCUCAUGCUGGAGUCCCAAAUACAGCUAAGUGGCCAUGAGCUAUUCGAGCGCCAGCAGGAGAUUGGUCAGUUGCGUGCCCUCUGCCGUACACUGCAGCAGGAGAUGCGUCGCUCGCUGGCCACACAGCAGUUGCUGCUGCAGGAGAAGGCGGCCAUUGAGCAGGAGUCCAGCGAGUUGCAGGACUUUCUGCAGCACGAGAAGGCGGCACAGUGCGAAGCUUUGCGCGAAAUGGAGCUGGAGCAGCAGGCCACGCAAUCGCAGCUGGCCAAUCGGGAGGAGGAGGUCAAGGUGCUGCGUGAUGAGUGCCGCCAUCUGGUGCGUCUCAAUGAGCAGCGACGCCAGGAGCAGCGACUGCUGCAGACCAAAUACGCUGGCUUGGAGUCCAAGUCGCGUGAGCUGAUUCAUCAGCAGAAUGCCGCCGUAGCGGGCGCCUCCACAGCUUUGUCGGGGCUGCAUGCGCGUCUGGACAACUUGGUGGAGCAGUUGGUCUGCUCCUACAGCAUCUCGGAGCAGGAUCUGGAGGACAUACGCUUCCAGUGCGAGUCGCUGACCAACACAGAGUCUGAACCUACGCGUCCCAAUGGUCUCAACUUGCCGCUCACCUCAGCAACUGCUGAUCUUGUGCUCGCCAGCGAUGGCUCCUUGUCGCCGCAGCGCAAUCAAUCCUUCAUAGCCGCCGUCAUCGGUGCCAUACGCCAGGCCACCAGCCACUCCGGCAAGCGUCUCUCAUUGCGUCAUCCAGCCAAGCGCCAUGGCCAGGCCACCACCAAUGGCACGCAGUCCCAAGCGACGCUCAAUGGCAAUGAACUAGCCCAGCUCAAUGGCAAUGGAGAUGAUUCCGAUUCCACGGAAAUGCUGGACUCUGAAACGGAGCCCUGUUUGCUCAUGAUGGACAAUGUGCUGGAGGACGUAGUGCAGCCGGAUUCGCAUUCACACAACAUGGUUUCCUCUUGCACGGGCAUGAUAUCGCAGAUUGAGCUGCCCACUGAGCUGAUGAGCAGUCAGCAGCAGCAACAACAGUCUGGAGCAGUCAAUGGCGAUGAUUCACUGCAGCAGCUGUCGCAAGCCAUCACCAAUCGCCAGCAGAUGGAGCUGCAUAUGCACAAGCUGAGUGUGCUGCCCAUGAACAAUCGCGAUACUUGCAACACUGAAGAGUUGAGCUGCCAUGAUUCGCUGGCCGAGCUGCCUUCGCUUAUGGAGUACAGCACUGCCCAAGCAGUGGUGGAUCAGGUCAUUGAGGUGGACAAUCUGGUGACCAAAUUGCUGAAAGUUCUGCGUCUAGUGCAGCAGGACAACGACAAUUGCAUACAGCAAUUAAUUGUGGACAAAAAUAAAUUGCAGCAACACAAGGGCGACAUGCUGGAGAAGCUGAAGGAUCUGGAGGAUGUGAACUUGAAGCUGCAGGAUGAGCUUAUGGAUGCCACGCAGGAGCUAAUGAUCAAGGGCAGCGAUCUGAGUGGAGCCAAGUCGGACAUGCAGCGCCAUCGCAAUGAAAUCGAUCGCCUCAAUGAGGACAUCUGCAUGCUGAGCACGCUCUGCAGCAGCUACAAGAAGCUCUCGCCCACCACAGAGUUUCCGCCCAUGCAGCUGCUGUCGCCCAAUCCGCCAGACGCCGAGCAGGGCGAUGUGCUGGGCAUACUCAAUUUGCUGAAGAUGUGGCAGGCCAGCGGUCAGCUGCAGGACUCGCGCAUCAGCAGCUAUCUAAACAGUCUACAGGCUCAGGCUCUGACAACUCAGGACAACAACCAGGUGGAGCGACUGCGCAUCUAUGCCAAUCAACUGGAGCAGGUGUCGCGUGUGCUGCAGGACUCCGAGUCGCUGACGUCGCUGCAGCAGCUGCGUCAGGACAUGGAGGUAGUGCGUCUCAAUGCCAACUGGUCACAGCUGCUGGAUCAGUCAGAGGAUCUCAAUGCCAACAGCGCAAAGCCUUGAACUGUGUCAAAUUGUUGUUAACUAUUAAUUAAUAUAUAAAUUAACAAAUUGUCUAGUUAGUUACAAAUGUUUGCGUCCAACUGCAAGUGGCAAAUUUAAAUUUUAAACAAAUUGUCCAAACUUUAAAUGUUGCUUAGCUUAAAUUUUUCGAAAAUUAGUAAUGCUUGCCAAAUAAUUAAUUUCAAACUAAUUGAAUUUGUCCUUAGAUCUCAAAUAUAUCUGCCCUAUUCAUUUAUUAUUCGUAGGCCUGCCUAUGUUAGUUAAUAAAUUCGAAUUGCAAAGUCGUUUUCUUUGUUUUAUA